AUGAAGUUAUAUCCAAAGAUAAUCACAGGUGCCCUGCACGCACACAACAAGGAUGCAUGUGACUGGGGAUGGCAAGGUUGCUUAGCAUACGGAUGUCAAAAUUUGGUCACAAUAGUGGAGCCUAAAACAGUACAGGUAAUUCAGGUGUUAGACAAGCACAAAGGUGUAGUAACUCAGGUCAAAUGGGCACACGAACAUUAUCACCAUGACCUUUACUCUCCGUACACUUUGCGCCUGGCAUCCUCAGACACACAUGGACAGAUCAUUGUGUGGGAUGUAGGUAUGGGAGCUGUGAGAUCAGAAUUUACUGAUGGAAACAAACCAAUUUUGGGGAUGCAAUGGCUGAGCAACCAGGAUGCCUGUCGAGAUCUUCUUGUUUGCCUGCAUCCGCCGUACUCACUUAUUCUGUGGAAUGCUGAUACAGGCAUUAAGCUGUGGAAGAAAUCGUACACAGAAAAUUUGCUGAGCUUUACGUUUGACCCAUUCAACAGCAAGAACCUGGCAUUUCUUGGUCAGGACUGUAUUGUGUUUGUAUCUGACUUCACAAUCAACAAAACCCCAUCAAGCAAUGGGAAGAAAUUCUACAUUUCUAAUCCAAGCCAGGCUGUAGGAAUGUCCCGAUCAUCAAGUGCAAAUAAUUUGGAAAGAAAAUCUUCCACAACCUCAACAUCUUCAUCAAAGAACCUUGCUAAAAGGAUGAGCAGAAUACUUGGAGAAAGCAAACCAAAGAGCUCGCCAGAUGAAGAGAUAGUGUCCUUGAAUGAGUGUCUUCAGCUUUGCUUUCAUCAUUCAUGUCGCCACCACCUGAUGUUGCUCUACCCUCGAGAGAUGCUUAUUUUGGACCUGGAGAUCAAUCAGACUGUCGGAAUUAUUGCACUAGACAGAUCCAGCUCCUCCUUCACGAUGGUGAUAUCUUGCUGGCAGAGGGACGUGUUAAUGUGCCUGCAUGAGAAUGGGAGUGUCUCCAUGAGAGUCAGAAGAAGGAACAAUGCAGUCACUACACCAGCUCCAGAAGGUCAUGGAGCAUUUGAUGACACACCAACACAGCUGUCCAUGGAGGUAGCUUAUGACCUGCGCUGUCAGUCUGACCCCCUGCGGGUGACCAGGCACAAUAAAAUCUAUGGCGCUACCCUGUGUCCUGUUUCUGAGAGGAUGAUUUCCUUGAUCAUGAGCGACAGCCGCGUAUUGAUCUGGGAAUUGAACGGUGUUCAGUUGACGGGGAAUGAAACAAGUGUUCUGCCACCCCUGCUAAGUCCAGGCUGGGAUGUGAAAAUUCCAUUAAACACCGCAGACAUCUCGUUUCCGUUGAACCCAGCUCUUCCACACCCACAGUUGGCUUUGGCAGAUAUUAUCGGAACAUCCCAGACCUCAGAGUUUGGCCUCUCAGGACCACCAGUACAGCUGAAGUUUCUUCUGACCGGCUUGACCAGUGGCAUCUCAGCUCAUGUGACUGUCAUUAGGAUGUGUCCGCCCCUGACCAAUCGGAAUAUUCAUUCUUACCAACCAUUUAUGGCUUUAGGUACACACUCAGGCUGUAUUCAGAUUGUCAAUGUGGACAGUGGUCAGGUUGAGAGGGAGUAUAACUUGCAUUCCAGCCCAGUCAGAGGUAUUGAGUGGUCUGGUCUUAAAUCGUUUGUAUCGUAUGCUUACUCAAAUCCUGGACCUUCCAACCUUGUCAAGAAUGAAAUCUAUGUGCUUGAUAUUAUCACCGGUAAACAAGAACAGUUACGAACAAACAAGGAAAAUGAAUCACCUAUUGAAAUGCUGAUCAUAUCACACCAGAAGCUGUACUUCAUCCUGCUGUUUAAGGACAAACCACUUGAACUGUGGGAUUUGAGAUCAAGGACUAUAAUCCGUGAGCUCCCUCGCAACUUUCCAAGACCUACUACUGCCGUGUGGUCCCCCUCUCACAGUCUUAAGACCCUGCGGAAGAAGCUUCUGGAUUACGGUGAUGAUGACAAAUCUGCAGUGACAUCGUCAGCAUCUAGCAAUAUAAUGACAGCUUCUGUUGAUUCUCAGGAAGAGAAGGAGAAGAAAGAGCAUCGGAAGAAUGGGGUCAGAGAGCACUUUGUCAUGACAGACAAAGAAGGGACUGUCUUUCACUUUAUUGUUGAAGGAACUGCCAUUUCUGAUGUAACAAAGAUACCGCCUGAGAGUGGUUUGUCAAGGAUUACUGCCCUUGCCUGGAAGAAUGAUAACUUGAUUUUUGGAGAUUCUGAAGGCUUGCAGUGUUUGUGGGAUCUGAAGGCAAAAAUCUCAAGAACAACUCCAACAAACAGAGGCUGGAUCAAGAAGAUCCGUUUUGCCCCAGGACGAGACAAUAUGACCUUUUUCACCCUGCACAAUGAUGGUGUUUUAAUAUGGGAGAUUGGCUUCGAAGGAAAGUCCAACAUCAUACAUUCUAUUAAAAGUCCUGGCGAGAUCAGUAAAGUGGUGGACAUUGACUGGGCUGGAUCAGAUCGUCCAACAUUAAUUACUUCACACAGCACUUUGCACAUCUGUGACAUUACAAUGAAGUUGGCCACAUCCAGUGCAGAAGAUUGGGUCCCUCGAGAACCUGUAUUUUUACCUCACCUCCUGCCCGGACGUCUCUGCCAGGCCAUCAAAUGCUUACUUCAGCAUCAGGCUUGGAGAAGUGCAAAUUCUCUUUCAGUGGCUGGAGUACUGGAGCAUGACAAGCUCUCACAGAAGGUUGUUGCUUCACAACUAAAUCUGAUUGAUAAGGAUUUAACUAAUUAUCUGCCAGUUUGCAAGUUUGGAACUGCUCAUCGUUGUCUUUUGGUUGCCAGACUUUUUGGGGAUGAGUCAGAAGUACAUUUUUGGACAGUCGCUUUGUAUUAUUUGAGAUACUUUCGAGCACAUGGCACAGUUAAGGAUGGAAACAGAGAGUUCACAGGAGGUCAGGAGGGCCUUGACCUUAUUACCUUGGACGAUUCCUCACAUGCCAGGAAAGCAGAAGCUGUUUUAUUUAGAGACCAGCCUCUGGAACGUUGCUAUGAUACUCUGUGUGACAACCACAGUUUUAAGAAAUACCAGCUUGACCGCGUACAUCUUCAAGACAACAAGCGGGCAACAGUGGAGCAUACGCAGAAAUGUGCAGACAGCUAUGUGCAGCUGGGUCAGAGCGACAGGGCAGUACAGCUGCUCCUGGAGACUGAAUCAGAGUCAGAUAACUACUACAUUGAUUGUCUGAAAGCUUGUCUAGUGGCCAGUGUCAAAUCCUCUGGGGCAUCUCAAAGUACCAUCAAGCUGGUAGCCACAAACCUUAUUGCCAGUGGGCGUCUCACAGAAGGUGUUCAGUUGCUGUGUCUCAUCAACAAGAGCCUGGAUGCCUGUCGGUAUCUGCAGACUUACGGAGCUUGGGAUCAUGCCGUGUGGCUGGCUAAGGCAAGUUUAGAACCAAACGACUGUGCAGAAGUGCUGAAAAGAUGGGCUGAGCACCUGAGUAGCCCUCAAGUCAAUCAGAAGAGCAAGUCAGUGCUGGUUCUGUUGAGCCUGGGCCAGUUUCAAAAAGUGCUGGAGGUGUUGUACAGUAUGAGAAAUUUUGAUAGAGCAGCCUUGUUCUUGGAAGCCUGCUUGGAAUUUGGCCUGUUGAAACACACUGAGAACACAGGUUCUCUAUAUGAGGCGGUCUAUCUGGAGUAUGCCCGCUACCUGAUAAACCUCGGCCUUGGACCAGCUGCAGAACACUAUUGUCACAAAGCUGGGGAAAAGGGGCAGCAACUGCUACAGGAAGUCCAUAUUCUGUUUCCUGCGCCACUGUGA